UGCCACCUGUCAGUGUCCAUCAAUGCCACCUGUCAGUGCUCCUAUCAGUGCCAGUCAGUGCCACCUAUCAAUGUCAGUCAGUGUCACCUAUCAGUGCUGCCAAUCAGUGCCAGCUAUCAGUGCCAGUCAGUGCUGCCUAUCAGUACCAGUCAGUGCCGCCUAUCAGUGUGCAUCAGUGCUGCCUAUCAAUGCCCGUCAGUGCUGCCUAUCAGUGCAGCCUAACAGUGCCAGUCAGUGCCACCUAUCAGUGCCAGUCAGUGCCACCUAUCAGUGCCACCUAUCAGUGCUGCCUAUCAGUGCCAUAAAUGAGUGCUGCCUUUCAGUGCCCAUCAGUGAUGCC